UGCAGUGUGGUAUUUAUAAAUAAAGUAAGAAGAAGACACACAUUUUGGCCGAGUAGUAGGAAAACAGCGGAUAUAUUCACAGGAAAAUUUUUGGAGAAAUUUAAAUAAAAUAGCAAUAUGUCUGAAAACACUACAGAUUCCAUAGAAGAUGUUAACAAUAAUUUAGCCAGUGAAAUUGUGAUUCCACCACCAGUACAAGAUCAAGAAGCCCAGCCACAAAGUAAUGAACUUUUGGAUAUAGUUUUCACAUUAGAGAGUGAAAAACAGGCGCUGGUAGAAGAGUCGCGCAAAAGAAUUUUUACACUUCGUAAGGAAUUAGAGCAAAGUCAAACCGAAAAUGAACAACUUAAGCGCAGGGUAAAUCAAUUGGAGCAAUCGCUCAAACAGUCGGUUAUGUUGGGCGGUGUGGACGCUCCCAAGUCACGACAGGAGCAGGAUGAGCUAUUGCUGAAGGCAAAAACUUUGCUUUUUGAAAAAACUAAAGUAUGUAAACAACAAGAGCAACAAGUUGGGGUGCUCAAGAAUCAAGUGGAAGCAAUGAAGGAUGUUGUACAGGUGACUAAAGAUAUGUUGAACUUGAAGAGUGCCGAAUGCGAUCACAUGCAAGUGCGUUUGGAGAAAUCUCAACAAUGGAUUAAAGCGGAGAAGGAUAAAUGUGCCAUAACUGAGAAGAAGUUAUUAAUAUCUAAAGGAGUUUAUGACAAACUUCGAGCUGAAUAUGAUAUACAGUCGAAAAUAUUUAAGGAUUUAAAGGAAGUAUAUGAACAGAAAAUUAAGAUGCUCGGCAUUGCACUUGAGGAAGCUAAAAAGAAAUAGUUCGUUUAAAAUAAAAUAAAAUACAGACUGGUUUAAAAUGUACCAAGUAUAUGUGAAUGUAUAAUAAUAUUAAUUUAUAACUUACUUCCCCCUAAAAUAGUAAAAAUAUAUAGAUCGAUUGGCAUA